AUGUCGCGGUUCGAAAAUUUCACAGUUAUUGUUAUUCUCUUAAUUUCGUUAAAAAGUUCGAGAUCUCAAACACGGGAUGGCCAGUCUCACGAAUGCCUGCGCCCUUGCGCCAAGGAGGAUUCUUCGGAAAAGUUAUGCCGCUACGAAUUCUUCGUCAGCGAAUUGCCUACCACGAUCAGUAUUCGUAAUGAAUCCAAAAUCGAGGACGAGUCGGUGAUUCGCAAAACGAGAAGCUUUCUAGGGAUCAAUGGAAGGAGUCCAGGACCUCAAAUAGAGAUCUGUCUUGGGGACACGAUAGAGCUACUUUUGUAUAAUAGAUUAGGCUCCCAGGAAUUUUCUUUACACUGGCAUGGAUUGCAACAAAGAGGCACCGCUCAUAUGGACGGUGUGCCGAUGAUCACGCAAUGCUCGAUACUACCAUUUGGCGGUUUUCGAUACAAUCUAAAACCGGAAACUACUGGCACAUACAUGUACUAUGCACAUUUAGUUUCGCAGCAAGCCGACGGUGUGUACGGGUCGUUGACAGUUCGAGGACCACAAGAUGACCCCAGCUUGGAAAGGAUGCUUCUCUUGUCAUCAAGGCCACCAACUCUGCUGUCGCGGCAUUCGCACCUACAUCCACCCACGCCGACCGAACUCCUCUUGAACGGCCAGAGUAAUGGAACGAUCCUGAAAGUCGAUCAUGGAGGACAAUAUCUGUUACGACUCAUCAAUGCCAAUGCUUACAAUUGUCCCGUUCGAUUAUCCAUCUCGGGACACGAGUUUCGAAUAGUGGCUGCCGAUGGUAAUGCUGUUCAAUCGGUGAUCGCCAAAGAGAUCGUUUCGUUUCCAGGUACAAACAAAGAAGGAUCAAGGGUCGCGCAAAUUAAUGGUAUGUCGUUCAAAUAUCCUUCAUCCCCGUUGUUAUCGCAACCAGAAAAUAUACAAGAGGAAUCAAUUUGUUCUCUGGAAAGACGUUCGGACGAGUGCGUCGAUUCACCAUUGUUUUGUGAAUGCAUUCAAGUAAUCGAAGUACCGCCUAUGAGUACCAUCGAUAUUGUUCUGAUAGACGAGGGUUUCGGCGGAAAUGUUUCGCAUACGUUCCAUUUACACGGCUACAGUGCUAGUAUCAUUGGAAAAAACAAUUUUAAGGAAGCAAUCACCAGAGAGGAGAUUAAGUACUUGGACCAAAACGGACAAUUGCACCGUAAUUUGAUAGAUCCACCUCAAAAAGAUAGUUUCGUUGUUCCAAACAAAGGUUACGUUAUUCUCCGUCUCUUUACGGAUAAUUUUGGAUACUGGUUGUGGGAAGCACGAAGCACGGCAAUUUCUCCAGGAAUGUUUGGUCCCGGUAUGCAAUUUUUACUAAAGGUGGGAAGUGACGAGAGUUUCGUACCCGUUCCUCUAGAUUUUCCUACUUGUGGGAACAAUAAACGUCCAGACAUGGUAUUCGAAAUGAACUGACAUUGGCUGUAUAUAUAUAUAUAUUUUUGUAUGUAGAUUUUUGUUGAUUAUUUAUGUAAGUUUAAUUACCAUCGUAUGGUAGUGCAUCUGCUCAAUUGAAUAAAUUUCAAUCCCUUCCCAUGAAAUAUUAUAUGAUACUAGCUGUGACCCGCAGUUUCACCCACGUGGAAUACCAUUUAUUUCAUUUUUUUAAUUUUCAUAGUAGUCAACAGUUUUUUUUUUAAACUAUACCAUUAUCUAGUUACAGUAUAACAGCAAACGUCGUAUUCCUUCGCAAAUUACAACAUAGCCUUGAAACGAUUCUUUAACUUUGGAAUUUUAAGUCAAGCAGUGGAACUGCAUAACGUAAAUAUUUUUUUAACAAUUACUGUAAUUUAAAUGUAAUAACUAUUUUAUUUAUUUUUUCAUUGAAUUAUUUCACUUUCGUUGUAUAGAAGUAGCAUUUAUUAAACUAUUCAGAACAUAAUAGUUUGAAGUUCCACUUCAUGUAAUACUUUUUACGCAAAAUUUGAUGAUUUAUCCGAAUUCGAAAAAAAAUAUUAGACAUUCUAUUUAAAAAACUGAAGGUAACCCUAAUAUCUUGAUAAAAAAGUAAGGUAAUGAAAAACAGAUUACAG